GCCUUUCUGCUUUCUGGCCGCUCAGCCAUUACUAUGUGUGAGACCUACUGAGGUGUCACCCUAAUCACUUGUGAUUUCUUGAAUCUUAAUUGGAACACAACAAAAUUCAUCUGGGAGGGAACAGGCUCUCUUUCUGCCUCUGUUUGCAGCACCCGGUCCCACCUGAGUCGGCUUUUCAGCCCGGAGCCAUCACACCGGGUGCCUAUUGCUUAAGUGGACAAGGCUAAUCCCAGGUUGCUACUAAUGGUGGCAAGGGGGCGGUGUCAGGAGGGUGACAAUCCCCCUCUGUCUCCAAGCCCCGGGGUGGGGAGGGGGAGCUAGAGAUGGAUGGAAGCCAAGGGCCCACUCCGAGUUCCUGGUCUCCCCUACUCAGGGCCACUUCCCCUCCGCAGGCCCAGCCGCUGACGGGUAGAGGACUCAUCUCCUAAGAGUUUAAUUAGGUUGCCAUGGAAGAGGCGCAAAAGGUCCUGGCUUCGUGGGAGGCCUGGUCUUUCAGAGGCAGCAUGGGCUGGCUGGCAGGUGCUCCUCCCGCAGCCGUGGUCUUCUGAGUGCCUUGGAGUCACUGCAGCCCGCACCCUAGGCCUUUGGGGUCAGGUCUCCACGUAAACACCAGGCUAACUGAGCCCUUGGUACACUCCAGCGCCUCUGGCCCUGACCCAGCCUCAAGCUGAUGAAAGCUAAGGACCCUCUGCCGCGGAGCGGCGUCGGGCGCGCAUGGCGAUUUUUUUCCCCGCACCUUCCAGUCUUCAUGGAUCCCCGAACUACCACGGACCCCGGGUUUGGAGCAGCCUCGGGUGUUAGGAGAGAACGGAUUGCUGUAGCGGGUCCCCCUCCCCAGGCUGGGCUUUGGAGGGGACGCAUGGGGUGGGCCGCCGGGAUCCCCGGGCGGGCGGCGCCCCCUGGUGUUUGUGUCGGGGACCACGACGCGGGGUGGAAGUAGGAGGCUAAGGACCCGCAGGAGGCGCGCGACAUGUGCGACCCUGUUGGCCACACUAAUUCCCACUCCCGUGUCUACCGUGGCGGAGGAGCUCCUGCGCGACGGGCCCGGCAGCCAGGACUCGCUCCCCCACGACACUCACUCAAACCCGGUACUCGGGCGAGGUCUUGGCUCGCGAGGCCCGAGCGGGGAGGAGCCGGGCCGGGGGCGGCCUGGCAGGAAGCGGCGCGUACCUUCCGCUGCCGGAGGAGCAGGUGGCGGCCGUGCGGGCCCGGGCCCCAGGCUUCCUGUGUGCACGCCCGCCCGCUACUGUUUCCCGCCAGAGCUGGUCGGGCCGCCCGGGCAGGCCCUGCCCGGUCCCAUGGCCCAGACCCCCGACGGCAUAUCCUGUGAGCUGCGAGGUGAAAUCGCCAGGUUCCUGUGGCCCAAGGAGGCGGAGCUGCUACUGAAAACCUGGCUACCCGGCGAGGGUGCUGAGCCAAGUCAUGUCCUGGUGCUGCUGCGAUGGAGGGCCUACCUGCUGCACACCUGCCUCCCACUGAGGGUGGACUGCACGUUCAGCUACCUGGAGGUCCAGGCCAUGGCCCUGCAGGAGACACCCCCUCAGGUCGUCUUUGAGCUGGAGUCCCUGCCUGAUCUGGUCCUCGAGUUCGCUGGCGUGGCUGCCCUGGAGCAGCUGGCGCAGCACGUGGCCGCGGCCAUCAGGAAGGUCUUCCCCCGCUCCACCCUUGGGAAACUAUUCCGGAAGCCCACGCCCCCCUCCAUGCUGGCUCGGCUGGAGCAAAGCAGCCCUGCAGAUCCUGCUGCACAGGGUAGCCCCUGCGGAGGCUUCUUGGAGACUUACGAGGCUCUGUGUGACUACAACGGCUUCCCUUUCCGAGAGGAGAUCCAGUGGGAUGUGGACACCAUCUACCACCGCCAGGGCUGUCGCCAUUUCAGCCUAGGAGACUUCAGCCACCUUGGCAGUCGGGACCUGGCCUUGAGUGUGGCUGCCCUGUCCUACAACCUGUGGUUCCAACGGCUGUCCUGCGUGGACAUGAAGCUGAGCCUUGAGGUCUCGGAACAGAUUCUGCAUAUGAUGAGUCAGUCGUCCCACCUGGAGGAGCUGGUGCUGGAGACCUGUGGCCUGAGGGGAGACUUUGUCCGGCGGCUGGCCCAGGCGCUGGCAGGGCACUCCAACUCCGGGCUGCGGAAGCUCAGCCUGGCCGGGAACCUGCUGGAUGACAGAGGUAUAGCUGCGCUCAGCAGACACCUGGAGCGCCGGCCGGGAGCCCUGAGGAGACUCAGCCUAGCACAGACAGGGCUGACUCCAAGAGGAAUGAGGGCUCUGGGCCGGGCACUGGCCACCAAUGCUGCCUUCGACUCUGCCCUGACCCAUCUGGAUCUUUCUGGAAACCCCGGGGCGCUGGGGGCCUCCGAGGACAGUGGGGGCCUCUACACUUUCCUGAGCCGCCCCAACGUUCUGGCCUUCCUGAAUGUCGCAGGCACGGACACUGCCCUGGACACUCUCUUCGCGGCGCUGUCCCGCGGCUGUUGCGCCACCCUCACCCACCUCGACGCCUCCAGGAAUGUCUUCUCCCGCGCGAAGGCCCGGGCCGUGCCGGCCUCGCUGCAGCUCUUCCUCAGCCGCGCGGGGACGCUGCGGCACCUGGGCCUGGCCGGCUGCAAGCUGCCGCCCGACGCGCUCAGGGCACUUUGGGAUGGCCUGGCUCUCAACACGCACCUCCGCGACCUGCACCUGGAUCUCAGCGCGUGCGAGCUGCGCUCCGCGGGCGCCCAAGUGAUACAAGACUUAGUGUGCGACGCGUGCGCCGUGAGCUCCUUGGACCUGGCAGAUAACGGCUUCGGCUCAGACAUGGUGACCCUGGUGCUAGCCAUCGGAAGGAGUCGGUCCCUGAGACACGUGGCGCUUGGAAGGAACUUCAACGUCCGGUGCAAGGAGACCCUGGACGAUGUCCUGCACCGGAUUGUACAGCUCAUGCAAGACGACGACUGUCCUCUGCAGUCUCUGUCUGUGGCCGAGUCGCGGCUGAAGCUGGGCGUCAGCGUGCUGCUCCGGGCGCUGGGCACCAAUCCUAACCUGACAGCGCUGGAUAUCAGCGGCAACGCCAUGGGGGACGCGGGGGCCAAGAUGCUGGCCAAGGCGCUGCGGGUCAACACCAGGCUCCGGUCUGUGGUCUGGGACCGGAACCACACGUCUGCUCUGGGCCUGCUGGAUGUGGCGCAGGCCCUGGAGCAGAACCACAGCCUGAAGGACAUGCCCCUGCCGCUAAAUGACGUGGCCCAGGCGCAGCGCAGCCGCCCGGAACUGACGGCACGUGCAGUGCAGCAGAUACAAGCCUGUCUCUUGAGGAACAGCCGCAGGGACCUCACCUCUUUUGACCGUGUGUCCCGUCGUCAGCCACUGGGUCUGGUCUCUCUCCCCUCGGAGCAGGAAGUGAAUGAACUGUGUCAGUCAGUGCAGGAACAUGUGGAGCUCCUAGGCUGUGGGGCCGGGCCGCAGGGCGAAGCUGCUGUCCACCAGGCUGAGGACGCCAUUCAAAAUGCCAACUUCUCUCUCAGUAUCCUCCCCAUCCUCUAUGAGGCUGGGAGCUCCCCAGGCCACCACUGGCAGCUGCAACAAAAGCUGGAGGGCCUUCUGGGACAGGUGGGCGAGGUCUGCCGCCAGGACAUCCAGGAUUUCACUCAGGCCACACUGGACACAACAAGGAGCCUCUGCCUGCAGAUGCUACAGGGACCAGGCUGGAAGGAGCAGCUAGAAGGAAUCCUGGUGGGUUCCAGGGGCCUCCCAGAGCUGCUUCCAGAGCAGCUGCUGCAAGAUGCCUUCAGUAGGCUCAGGGACAUGCGGCUGUCAGUCACAAGGACCUUGGCAGAGAGCAUUGUGGCUCAGGCUGUGGCAGAUCUGAGUGCUGCCAGGGAUCGGCUGAUGGAGAGUCUGGCUCUGAAGGCACCUGUGGUGAUGCCCCCUGCGCUGCCGGCACUGGAUGGAGAUGAGCCCAGCCCCCUUGGGCCUGGGGAAGUGGACGGUCUUUUCUUCCCUGAAGAGGAGGAGGAGGAAGAGGAGGGGAAAGAGAAGGAUGUCAGUAAUCCACCAAAAUGGCCUGAGCCCAGCCACUGUCCUCAGCUGCUCUCCUCCACUCACAGUCCUGCUGAGGAAGCGAAGCCGGAGCCCGAGCUGGCGGCUCCGGGGGAAGAUGCGGAGCCACAGGCGGGGCCGUCCGCGCGCGGCUCUCCAAGUCCCGCCACCCCCGGGCCCUCGGCCGGCCCGCUGCCGCGCAUGGACCUGCCACCCUCCGGGCAGCCCCUGCGCCAUCCGACCCGGGCCCGGCCACGUCCGCGCCGGCAGCACCACCACCGCCCGCCGCCGGGGGGCCCCCAGGUGCCCCCAGCCCUGCCGCAGGAAGGCAAUGGGCUCAGUGCCCGCGUGGACGAGGGCGUGGAGGAAUUCUUCUCCAAAAGGUUGAUCCCGCAGGAUCGCCUCUGGGCCCCGGAGGAUGACUCGGCCACUGAGGGGGGUGCCACUCCUGUUCCCCGAACACUGAGAAAGAAGCUGGGGACCCUUUUUGCCUUCAAGAAGCCUCGUUCAACACGGGGUCCACGGCCUGAUCCAGAGACCAGCCCUGGGGCAGCUCCUCGCGCCCGAAAAACCACACUUGGGGACUUACUGCGGCCUCCAGCCCGUCCUGCCCGUGGCGAGGAGCCUGGUGGGGCCGAGGGGGGCACCAGCAGCCCUGACCCUGCCCGCAGGAGCCGGCCUCGAUACACAAGGGACAGCAAGGCCUACUCGAUGAUCCUACUGCCUGCAGAGGAGGAAGAGGCGGCGACCCUGGGUGCCAGACCAGACAAGAGGCGGCCCCUGGAGCGGGGAGACACAGAGCUGGCCCCAUCCUUUGAACAGCGGGUACAAGUGAUGCUACAGAGGAUCGGCGUAAGCCGAGGCAGUGGGGGUGUGGAAGGCAAGAGAAAGCAAAGCAAAGACGGUGAGAUCAAGAAGGCCGGCUCAGAUGGUGACAUUAUGGACAGUUCCACAGAAGCCCCACCCAUCUCCAUCAAGUCCCGCACCCACUCUGUAUCUGCUGACCCCUCGUGCAGACCCAGCCCAGGGGGCCAGGGGCCUGAACCUGCCACCUGGAAGACACUGGGGCAGCAACUGAAUGCAGAACUCAGGGGCCGGGGCUGGGGCCAACAGGAUGGUCCAGGCCCCCCCUCCCCUUGUCCCAGCCUAAGUCCCCGCAGAGCCAGCCCCUCUCCUGACAGCCUCGGUCUACCGGAGGACCCCUGCGUGGGCCCCAGGAAGGAAGAUGGCCAGCUGAGGCCGCGGCCUCUGUCGGCAGGGCGGCGAGCAGUGUCUGUGCAUGAGGACCAGCUGCAGGCCCCUGCUGAACGGCCCCUGCGGCUGCAGCGCUCCCCUGUCCUCAAGCGCAGGCCCAAGCUGGAGGCACCCCCCUCCCCAAGCCUAGGAUCCGGUCUUAGAGCGGAGCCUCUGCCCCCGGAGCCCUCCUCCAGCCCUGAGCGGAGCCCACCCUCCCCAGCCACAGACCAAAGAGGCGGCGGCCCCAAUCCCUAAUCCCCUCCUCUCCUGCCGCAUGAGAUUAUUUUAUUAAAAAACGCAAAGGAA